GCUGCUGAACCAGCAGGCUCCCAUUGCUGGGGCUGAGGUUUACUGAGGGGUGGGGUUGCCAGGGGGGGAUGUGCACACGAGGCGCAGGUAGGACCGAGGAGUACCUUCCGGAAACCCUCCCCCAGCCUUGGGGUAAGGAUUGGAUCGGGCAGCGAGGUCAGCGAGGUCAAGACCCUUUCCGUGCCUUCCCCUGACCCGGCCCGCCCUGGUCGCUGUAGACACGAGGGUGCAGCGCGGGGCGGGGGCAUGCUGGCCCGGCACAGGGUGCAAGAGGCAGCUCGCGGCGACCGGAGCAGCGCCGGGCCCGGGCCGGCCGGGGGCCGGAUGGAUGGCGGAUCCCACGCGCGCCGCGGAGCCCGGGAGGUUUGCGUUCCGCUCGCCGCGCUGCAGGGAGGGCGCGGUGCCAGGCGCCAGCGCCCAGAGACCCAAAAAGAAAGCUUUUUAUUUGCUGAGGAUGAAGCCCCUGAAGGAGCCCGCCCCCAACAACAGCAACAACGUGUCCUUCGUGAUCCAUUGUCAACUAGGCAAGGAGAUCAAACACAUUUGCAGCAACUGCAGCCGCGGGGAAGACACGCGGGACGCUGAGGAAGUGGAGAGGCUGGCAGCAAUGCGUUCUGACUCCCUCGUCCCAGGUACCCAUACCCCACCCAUUCGGAGGAGAAGUAAGUUUGCCAACCUGGGAAGGAUUUUCAAGCCUUGGAAAUGGAGGAAGAAGAAAAGCGAAAAGUUCAAGCACACAUCUGCAGCCCUGGAAAGGAAAAUAUCAAUGAGGCAAAGCAGAGAGGAGCUGAUAAAACGAGGAGUCCUGAAGGAAAUUUAUGACAAAGAUGGGGAGCUCUCCAUAUCCAACGAGGAGGACUCCCUGGAGAACGGACAGUCCCUGAGCGCCAGCCAGCUGUCUCUGCCUGCCCUGUCCGAAAUGGAGCCCGUCCCGAUGCCCAGAGAUCCCUGCUCAUAUGAGGUGCUCCAACCUUCAGACAUCAUGGAUGGGACAGUGUCUGAAGAGAGUCCCUCUGCCAGUGAGUCUGGAGUCCUCCUGUCCCAAGAUCCUUCUGCCAAACCAGUCCUGCUACUGCCCCCCAAAAAACCUGCUGCUUUCCCUGGAGACCAUGAGGAGACCCCAGUGAAGCAGCUGUCCCUCCUCAAGCAGCCCCCCGCCCUGCCUCCCAAACCCACAGCCAGGAUUGCCAACCACUUGACAGAUCCUGGCGCCCCUGUGAAAUUGCCUUGUCUGCCAGUGAAACUGUCACCUCCGCUACCUCCAAAGAAAGUCAUGAUCUGUAUGCCUGUAGGAGGGCCAGACCUCUCGCUGGCAUCCUACGCAGCCCAGAAGAGCAGCCAGCAAAGUGGAGCCCAGCACCACCACACGGUCCUGCCAUCCCAGAUCCAGCACCAGCUGCAGUAUGGCAGCCUUGGCCAGCACCACCCCUCUUCCAGCGGCUCCCUCCCCAUGCACCCCUCCAGCUGCAGGAUGAUAGAUGAGCUGAAUAAGACGCUGGCCAUGACCAUGCAAAGGCUGGAAAGCUCUGAGCAGCGAGUCCCCUGCCCCACUUCUUAUCACAGCUCCGGUUUGCACUCGGGUGAUGGUAUCACAAAAGCAGGACCUCUGGGCCUUCCAGAAAUAAGACAAGUGCCAACUGUUGUGAUUGAAUGUGAUGACAAUAAAGAAAAUGUGCCUCAUGACUCAGACUACGAAGAUUCUUCCUGUCUCUACACAAGGGAAGAGGAGGAGGAGGAGGAAGACGAGGAUGAUGACAGCUCAUUGUACACCAGCUCCCUGGCCAUGAAGGUGUGCCGGAAGGACUCCCUAGCCAUCAAACUCAGCAACAGGCCCUCCAAGCGAGAGCUAGAAGAAAAGAACAUCCUUCCCAGGCAGACGGAUGAAGAGAGGCUGGAGCUGAGGCAGCAGAUUGGCACCAAGCUCACCAGGCGGCUAAGCCAGAGGCCUACCGCAGAGGAGUUGGAGCAGAGGAACAUUUUGAAACCUCGGAACGAACAAGAGGAACAAGAGGAGAAAAGAGAGAUCAAGAGGAGGCUAACUCGAAAGCUCAGCCAGAGGCCCACAGUGGAAGAACUCCGGGAAAGGAAGAUCCUCAUCCGCUUCAGCGACUACGUGGAGGUGGCUGACGCCCAGGACUAUGACCGCAGGGCCGACAAGCCGUGGACCCGCCUCACCGCUGCCGACAAAGCUGCCAUUCGGAAGGAGCUGAAUGAAUUUAAAAGCACUGAGAUGGAAGUUCAUGAGCUGAGUAGACAUCUAACAAGGUUUCACCGUCCUUAACAGUCAGAUUCCUCUUGAGUGCUAUGCUGUCUUCAAAACAUAAAUUUAUAAGAACCAUAAGUGCUGGUAUUUAUUCACUUCCCAUCACGGUGUAAAUCUUCUGGACUGCCUUUUUUAAAAGAAGGAGAAGGAAAGGAAACACAAUCAGGAUUCUGUUUGAGAAACUCGAUGGUCACUGCUCCGUGGUCAGAGCUGCUGGCACCGCCACGGGUCCUGAACCGUGCCCGUCCCCGGCCGGCCGAGAGCACCUGUGGCCUCGUGGAAGACCCUUUCAGCCCCUGCCCUCAGGCACCACCUUCACUGAGGCUCCAGCGACCUUUCCUCAAAAGCACCUGUCACCUAAGUCCAAAGAAAGCUGAGGCACUGGGCGUGGCCUGGGAAUGACUGCGAGAAGCAAAUGAUCUGGUUGGCCGGUUAGGCUUGGCUUCUGGUUUGGGGGUCCCCUCAGGAGGAGGGUGCUGAGAAGGGAGCACUGUCUCAGUUGCCCUGUCCUCUCCCUCCAGCUACCCUCCUUCCAGUGAACAAAAGGGAGGAGCCCUUGUCUGGGGGAGUCUGGGUAGCGGUCACACCCAUCCUGUCCCACGGAGCUGCCUGCGGGAAGCUCUGGGUUAGAAGGGGAGCAUUGGUUCUGCUCAGUGAACAGCCCAGUGGCACAGGUGAUCGUCCGCACACAAACAGCCACUGCUAUGGUGCGCCGAUGGCAUCACGGGUAUGGGCGUAAGGACCACCUGGAGGGCAUAAAACUGGGCUGGGAACUCCUCUUGGCUGGUGGUCUUCAUUUUCUCUGCCUGCCCCAGGGCUGGUGACCGUGUGGCUCGGAAGUUAAUGGCUCCCGAGAACCAGCCCCCCCACAUGCAGGCCAGAAACCAUUCCUGAAGGACCGGCCUUCCGGUCACUGACGGACUGGUUCUCUAGAACACGUGAUGGCCUUCAGUCUCCUCUCUUUGCACUGCGGGGUUCUGUGGUUUUGGCAGAGGCUAGAAUCAGGCAGACAGCAGCCAUGCCCACCUUGUGCUGCUCUUCCCUGUUCAUGUUUCUCCAGAGGGAACCCUUCCUCCCUCAUGAUGUUGGCCAGGGUGAUUGGAGAUGCCUCUCUAACUGCCCCCCUCACCUGGGACCAUGGGAAGCAGUGCUCUGUUGACUUAGGGACCCCCAGGGUAACAUGUGCAGUGAGAGGAAGGACAACCCCCAAACCCUGACAGCUGUCAUGGGGCCCAUUGUAGCCCCUUUUUCCCUCCUGACAGCUUGUAGGGCCCCCAUCAUGAAGCUCUGCCCGGCCUCCCACAAUCGGUGUGGUCUCAGUUACCACAGUCUUUCCAGGUGAUGGUUCCCUCUCUACCACACAUGCCCAGGAUUUAGGAGGAUGCCAGUCUGACCUUCACAGCAAAGAGUUAACCAGACCCCACCCUGACCCAGCUGGCCGUUUACCCUCUGCAGGCAUCCGCUUCUGCGGCCAGCACCACCCAGGGCUGUGCGUGUGCACGGGGCACGGGCAGCUCUUCAGGCAGUGCCCACCAGCCGCUGCACAGCUGUCCUGUGCUCUCCUCACAGCGCCUGGCACAUGCUGCUGCCAUCACUCGAUCCUUUCUUCUUUGCUGAAUCUUAAUGGUUCUUGAUGUGAGUAGAAGGACUGUUCAGGGGAAAUGUGUGGCUGUAAGCAUUCUCUUCCCAAAAGGCUUCCUGACGUCUGAAUGUGCAGAUGGUGUGGCGAAAGAUGUAGGGCUCUUGCGUUUGACUUCUCUGCAGCGGGCACGUGUUCUGGGCGGAGCUGCCUGCCGUGCUCAGGGCCGAGUCUGUGCUUCCUCUAACGGGCUGCUGUGCUUCAGGCCACUGGCAGUGCCCUGGCAGGAUGGGCAGGCCUUCCCCUGGCCCAGGAGAGAGUCCUAGGGGAUCUCAUUCCUUGACCUGGACUCCUCCCACCAAGGCCAGUGGCUUCUCUGCUGGCCUUGCUUCUUGGGCCUUUCUGAUUCCCUGGGGACAUGAGACCCAAGUCAGUUUCCCUGCAGCCCACCUGCCUCCCAGAGUGCUCUCCUGUGCAGUCUACUGUGCACGGAAGGAAUCGGACACGUUCCCCUUCGCUUCCUGCAGAGCACCGUUUUCCACUUGCAGGGCUUCGGGUCGCACCUGCCAUGCCAGUGGGAGCACCCACCCAGAUGUGGGCAGUUUCAAACCCACUGUAUGGGGCUCAGCAACCGCCGUGGACCACAGCGUAGCCCCUCUGCUGUCCCUUCCCUUCCUGAAGUCUGGAGGAAAUUUGUAGAAAUCUGUCCAAAUUUCUUUUUUGCCACAUUGAUCUGACAGUUGAAAAAUGUGUGUUAAUUCCCAAGAUGACAAAUCAACAUUAACUAGAGGUGGGAAUCCUGGGAGAGAUGGUCUGGCUGCUUUACAAUGCUCUCCUUGUCUGGGAAAGCUGCUGUUUUCAAGUACAGGUUUAGUUUGUGUAUAUACAUUUUCAAGUGGGCCUCUUGUCAUGAAAGGAAAAGUGUGAAAUUCCUCAGAUCAAAAUGUUUCCCUUCUGAGUUUCCUUUCUGAAAAUGAGACCUUGUCCCGCCCCCCCCCCCCCCCCCCCCCCCGCCUGUCCACCACAGAACAGUGCCAUCCACCAGCCAGACCUGCGUGCUCUUUCGAAAUUGCUGUGUUCCUCCCAAAGGCCCUCGGAGCCCUGGAAAACCUUUAAAACUUUAGCCUUCAUGUCAGAUUAGAGAAACCAAACGGUGUGACGGUAGUUGUGGUGAGAACCUGAGUUUAUUUUUCUCCUGCUUCCGAACGUGUACAUUUGCUGAAUGGAAACCGUGCUGUGUGCUUGACGAGUGGAUGCUCGCUCUCCCUGUGCACAGCCAGUGUGUGAAGGUCACCUUAAAUGAAAUGACUUUUUUCUUCCCAUUUGUCUGUUAAUUCCCAAACCGGUUGCUUUUGCCGGUUGUCUGUACAUAGUUUGUCUUUGUAUAGGAGCGCGCGCUCGUGUUCUGAUCCCACAGAUGACGGCUGUAUGAGGAAGACGAUGUAAAUAGAACACAAGUUAAACUGGAUCUCUAUGGCCUAGGUUUUGUACAUACAGAAACUGCAUGGUAUUUAAAUUAUUGUUUGUCUCUGAUGAUGUAUGCAGUUUCUUUAAAAACAAAUCCAAAAAAAAGUCUAAAAAAACC